GCAGCUGUUAUACUGGUAGCUAGCAACGCCUGAAUGUAAGAGCACAGGCAGAACAGAGGAGUGUCUGACCAAGAAAGUAAACCUGCAAGGCUUGUCCUACUUCAGGACUGUGGACUUAGGAGUGAAAUCCAUUGGAAAUACAUAAAGCAGAAAGAGGAGACAUAGAUCAAGAGGGCUCAUGGAGACUGCUCUGAUUUUCCUUUGUUCUGUCUUGGUGCCAGUACUAGGUGUCGGUGAAGAUAAUAAAGAAAAAGAUCCAUUUACCUAUGAUUAUGAAAGCCUGAGGAUUGGAGGCCUGGUGUUUGCAGUGGUCCUAUUCACACUGGGGAUUCUACUGAUUCUGAGUCGAAAGUGCAGAUGCAGCAACCUGAACCAGAAAAACAGGGCUCCAGGUGAUGAAGAAGCUCAGGCAGAAAACCUUAUAGCCUCAAAAGCCCGAGGAGCUCAGAAAACAGAGAACUAACUAGACAAAUUGACCCCAGGGAUUACCAGAGAACAAACUACGCAAAAAAUUUAAGGAGCGCUUCACCUACUACUACCCAUCGUAAACCAAGCCUUCCCUCUCCGCCAUGUUGUGCGUCCGCACCACGUGUGAACCUCUUAGUUACGAUCUGUGUCUCAGUGCGAUCCGUGCUCUUCACUUGUAAUGUCUAGAGGCUUAGAAGGAGGGGAGAUGUCAGUAACUUUGCGGCCUCUGCGUUAGAUUAGGGAAUUUCACUGACCACAGCAAACGUAUAUCCCUUCUCAUUCUAGAUUGUCAUACACAUGACCUCUGAAAUCAUCAAUGUAGUAAGACGAGUGUUAAAACUGUCCAUUUCUAUAGGAGGUCCCGGUAGCCAGAACAAAAGUGUGCUUGUGCCUUUAAAUAUUCUUGUUAGUGAGUACCGUGGAGUGACACAUAUUACCAACACGUCCCAUAUAUGUUACGUGUAAAUGAUCAUGCAUAUCUGGUCUCGCUGUGUAUGCCUACAUCAUUCACAAAGCGCCAGGAGUCCUAUGCAGAGUAUAGUGCUGCAGACUCUGUUCUUACAUUUAAACACACUGCUGUAAUACUCUGCACUGCUGUGCGCUGCAACCCACAUUAAAAUAGCCCUAGACUUCCUAUGAAACUAGAAGACAUUUGAGUUUAAUAGCCCUGGGAUUUUGGGGGGGGUGGACCAUAGCAAAAUCAAAAUGAGGUGCACUUUUGGGCCACUUUCCCUUGAGAUUUGUUGCAUUCAGUAUUUUGCUCCUUACUAAAUGGCUCCGAAACGCGUUGUCAGCCCAUACCGUCACAGUGCUAAUUUUAGAUGGAACUGGGCCAAGAAAGGGGGUGGGGCUUACACAAGUCCCACCCAAAGUGGGCAUUCCUAGGCACUUGAGGGGAAUCGCCAGACAUCUGACGGGUGGGGCUUAAAUUUCCGAAUUUUACAUUUCACGCUUUGGCCCUACAACAUUGCUAAGGAGCAAGUGACAUAAUUUUCAGCUGGGUGCACCAAAUUUUUACUAAAAUAACCCAGCCUUCUGCUUUUACAGAGGGUUCUGCACGUGAGCACUUCCGUCUCCGUUGGCGCUAUAAUGAGCGCUGUAGUCAGUUAUCUCCGGAAGUCCUGUGGAGAACGGUUGGCCCAAUAGCGUCCAUGCUAGAUCGCCAUUUUAGGCUACUUUCACACUCGCAUUUUGUGCGGAUCCGUCAUGGACAGAUCCGUUCAGAUAAUACAUCCGUCUGCAUCCGUUCAGAACGGAUCCGUUUGUAUUAUCUGUAACACAGCCAUGA